GUCAAUCCUUCGUGUAGAAAACUGUUUCACGGAUUUUUCUUUCUUCUUAUAUGUAUUACUCUUAUGUGUGUUAGUAUGUUGUUGAUAUCAGAUGCUCCAUAAUUUCUGCUGAGGAGUUGAGGAUAACUUGUAUAUUCAUCAUUGUAGAAGUGUAAACUCAAUGUAAAUAAAUACUGAUGUCAGAGAUAGGAAUACAUACAACUCUUGGUAGAGUGAAGUGAUGUAGACUCGAAUUCGCCCAUUAGACUUUCACUCAUCUUCGGCUCGGACGAAUACGUAACAUGAAUCAGAGUGGUGGACGUUUCGAUUUUGACGAUGGUGGAACAUACUGCGGGGGCUGGGAGUCGGGACGGGCUCAUGGUCAUGGCAUUUGUACAGGACCAAAAGGACAAGGCGAAUUUGCUGGAUCUUGGAACCAUGGGUUUGAGGUUAUUGGGGUGUACACAUGGCCCAGUGGGAACACCUACGACGGUAAUUGGAGUUUAGGAAAAAGACACGGUCUUGGUAUUGAGACGAAGGGAAGGUGGCAAUACAAAGGCGAAUGGACUCAUGGUUUUAAAGGAAGGUAUGGUGUGAGGUGCAGUACUACGACUAGAGCAAAAUACGAAGGAACGUGGAGCAAUGGAUUACAAGAUGGUUACGGUACUGAGACGUACGCAGAUGGGGGUACUUAUCAAGGACAAUGGAUGGGUGGAAUGCGCCACGGAUAUGGAAUUCGACAAAGUGUGCCGUAUGGGAUGGCAUCCGUUGUUCGAAAUCCACUCCGCUCAUCUCUUACUUCUUUGCGAAGCGAACACAGCAAUGUAGCAGUUCUACACAACGACAUUACGACUGACGCCCCACUUGGGUCUCGAGGUGGGUUUGUUUUGACGACGAAGGGGGAUGUCUCUUCCACCCCGGCUUCGUUGAAGAAAAAGAGUUUUUUCAAAAGCGGAAGUUUGAAAAGAUCUCUAUCCACUGGACUAAAAAUGAGGUCAAAAUCAAGUGCAUCAAUAGCGAGUAACGCCAGUAAAGCAAGCUCUGUUAAAAGCGGGUUGUCUUAUCGGAGCGAUUUUGCUGGCUCCAUGGGAAGUAGCAGCGAGUAUGGAUCAUCAGUAUACGGAGACAUAAGUGAAAUUGGGGAUCCAUUACAGCUUUCGACUAUCGAAGAUCACAUAGAUAUGAAUACGAUUGAAACAUAUCGAGGAGAAUGGAAAAACGAUAAACGAGAAGGAUAUGGAAUAUGCGAAAGGACAGACGGUUUUAGAUACCAGGGAGAAUGGUUGGGGAACCAGCGACACGGAUACGGAUGCACUACUUUUCCUGAUGGAACAAGAGAAGAAGGAAAAUACAAAAACAACGUGAUUGCAGUAUCUAGGAGAAAAAACAUGCUCGGCGUGAGAACAGGAAAAGUGAAAGAAAAGGUAGAUUCCAGCGUGAAACAAGCUAGAAGAGCAAUGGAAGUUGCAAAGCAAAAAGCAGAAAUUGCGACCUCGAGAACGGGGCAUGGUAUUGCUAAAUCUGAACAAGCUGAAAUCACGGCGCACAACUCCAGAGAAGAAGCAAAAAUUGCUCGAUGUGUUGCCAAGGACCUGGCCCCCGAUUUUCAUCAACCGGGUUUGACGUAUCUAUUGGCAAAGGGAGAAGAUCCUUUUCGAGAUAUGGAACAUGCUGAAGAUUACAACCUGAACAGAGAAAGAUUAAGUGGCGUUGCUGGUCCUGAAUCAUACCAUCAGUUCAGCACCGAUCAACAAGACAAAUCACCGGUUGUUAAUAGGUCCAGUGUGGAUAUUACUAAUUUGCCGAAUGAAAUAUCAAGAUCAAAUUCACCUGGACAGGAAAACACAUUAGGAAGAAAACAAGGCGUCAGUUUAAGGCGUCUUUCCCUAUUUGGUAGCAAAAGCAAAUUAAACAAAGACGAGGAUGCUUCUUCGACCAAAGUUUCACCGUCUCCCGGCAGAGCGUCGCCUGCUCCUGCAAAUAAAAUGUAUUUGUCGCCACAAAGUGCUGCUCAUUCUCCAAAUCUAUCACGAAGCAACCGAUCUUUAAAUUCUCAAGUUGACGGCGAUAUAACAGAAGCUGAUAGCAAUAUUCAAUCAUUGAAGACACAUAACGGUACAAAACCCUAUAUGCAAUCUAACGCGCCGAAACAAGGUUUUUUCCGUUCGCUUAUAAACAAACCGAAAAAGGGCGGUGGCGGUUUUAAAAUUGGUCAUUCGCGGACUUCCACCGAAUCAUCAUUUGCUUCAGUGUCAACGGACGAUUUUGACAAAGCUGACAAAGAUCUGUGGGAACAAAGGUCAGCUGAGGGUAAAAGAAACGCUUGGAAAAGGACUCGCUCUAUGCCUGACAAAAGGAACGAUAUCACACCAGAUUUUGAAAGAGAAAAAGCUAUUCCAAAACUUGGAAAUGUGUCUAAAGAACAAUACCUAACGAGUUAUGAGAGCGAAAUGUUGCCACUAGCCCCGCUUCAUUCCCAUACAGAAGCAUUAAACCCAGAAAUAGCCCAAUAUGGAGUCGAAAAGAAUGUAGCACAAGACCGAUUUGUGCAGAAAAACUAUUAUAACCAGUCUUUCAACGAUACAGCUUUUCGGGAGCCACUGAACACUCAGCCUCAAAUUCAAAUUACCGUAGCUUCCGAGGAAGGUCAAGGAUUUGUAGAAAAUAAUAAUUCAACUGUGGGUCCUUCGACCACGUUAACUAGGCAAGAUAGUGAUCAACAACAUUUAAGUCCGUCCAUAAUUGAAAAUAGCAAACUACAAAGAAGGCCCGAACAUAUAAAAACAUUGGGAGCAGAGCCAGUUGCUCCCGCAUUUGCAAACUAUAAUACAAAGGCAGAAUCUGAAGCGUCUUCCGAUACCAUGGCGCGGAGAAGACUUCGAAAUAUUUAUUCUCGCCAGGACGAUGAAAACGAACACAUUUCAGAAAAAGAUCUCAGUAGGAAAUACUCUCCUCUUCCUAGUAAAUUUCGACAGAAUCAGCUACAAAUUCCAGCUGCAAAGAGAUAUAGUUUAGAAAGAUCGCCUUCAAUCAAAGAAAAUGAUUCAAAUCGAUCAUUUUUGAUUGUUCUCGUCAUACUUUUGAAUCUGGGAUUCGUGGCUAUUUUUAGUCAAUUUUUCUUAUGACGGAACAUAAGAUGAAAAGUUAAAUUUGAAAGCGGAUCACGAAUCCAGUAUACAAUAAGCAAUGUGUGUCUGCGUGUGUCUACGCGAUUCAUUAAUAUCUGAAUUGGAAAUUGUAUCAGAAGAUAUGUAUCCUGUGUGGAAAUCGGGCCGCAUAAUUGCAUUGGUGAAAAUAUUGAGAGAAUGGAGUUUCUCCGCGCUUCAAAGACAUUUUCUUUAUAUUUUUUUUUACAAAACAGCGGCAACGGGAAUUCGUUUGAAAAAUGCCUAAUUUGCAUGUGUCCACUCAAUGUUAUGAAAAUAUUUUUAGUAUACAUUCGUUGAUUUAUAAAGCUUUUGGCUGCUUGUCAAGAUCCUUGUUCUGAGUGACCUGUUACAAUAUGAACAAAAAAAAAACAGCGGGAUUAUGAGUCAAUGUAAAUGUAUUUUUAGAGAAGUGUUGAUUUACUUAUAUAUAAAAUAUUAUAUAAUAUAUUUCAUUUCAUCGCUGAUGCUAGUAUUUAUAAUGAUGUCUCAAAUACAAAUAUGAAAAAUUCGGA